AUGGUGGAUGAUGGGAUGCGGCCUCCGGCGACGCUUCUCUUCCGUAUUCAUCACCGAUCCAACCGCUAUUGGACUACUCCUCUUCCAUCAUCAGCGCCGGGCUCCCCCGAUGUGUCGAGCCUUUGCAGUAGCCGCCCCUCUUCUGCUAGCGGCCUCCCCGCCUACUCCAUCGCCUGCGCCCCCUCGGAUCGCGUAUCCAUUCUACGCGCCGUGAACUCUUACCUCGCUUCCCUCUCUCCGCCCAUUCACCUGAAACCCCCACUCCCCCCGGCCCGCAACGUCGCCGAAGCUCUUCGUUGCAUCUUCUCCCGCCUAGAGUUCGGCAGCCCUCUAUCCGAUCUCACCCGUGACCUUCCCCCUCUUCUCGCCGCGCUCCGGUGCCCGGUCAAACUCAGCAAAUCCGCCCUCAAAGCCCCUUCUACUCCCCACGCUUGGCCAUCCGUUCUCUCCGUUCUUCACUGGCUAGUGCAGCUUGCCCUCGUUGUUGAUCACCUUGCCUCCUCCCGCACUUCCCCUCACGUAUCUGAGUACGACAUCAAUCGUUAUAUCACCCGCACCUAUUCUCUCUUCCUUGCCGGCGACGAUUGCACUAUUGCUGAUCUCGAUGCCGAGUACCACGACAGGCUCAAACGGCAUGCGGAUUCCGCGGUUAAAGAGGUUGAAGCCCUCGAGGUUGAAGUUGCUCAGUUCGAGACCAAGGUGCGGGAUCUCGCCGCAGCACCGUCACGGCUCGAAGCGCUCGAGGCUGAACGGGCUGCACUUCUGGAGGAUGUCAGUAAGUUCCAGAAUGUGGUGGAUAAGUUUUCUGCCGUGAUUGAGGAGAAGAGGGAAAAUCUUGCAGAGAGAGAGAGGGAGCUGGAAAAGCGGGAGAUGGAGAAGAGGAGGCUGGAUGAGGAGAAUGGGGAAUUGAGACAAAGGAUACGGGGGCAGUCAAUGAGCACGAGAGAUGUGGAGAGGGUGAAGCGGGAAUUGCAGGCUGUGGAGAGGGAUAUUGCAGAGGGGGAGAGUCGGAGGAAUGAAAUGGAGGAGAAGGCAUGGACGCUUAACUCUGAAUUCGAGAGGAAGUUUAGGGAAAUCGAGGCUUUGGCAGAACAAUGCAACCAAGUAAAUAGGAAAUUAAAAAUUGGGAAUAAUGUCCAGCUGGUUCUCAAUGCCAAGGCCUCUUCUGCAGCUGAGGUCAUUGGAAUCGAUCACAAAACUAAGUUGAAGCCAGCAAUUAGGGCUCUAAUGGAGGAGACAAAAAAAUCAACGGUUUCAAAAAUGGAAGAGCUAAUCAAUUUGCAAAAACAAUCACUUGAGAAUGACAUGUUGCUCGAUGGAAAGAGGGCUUACUACACAGCCAUUCAAAAUAAAAUUAAUGAGAUUGAAAGUCAGGUUGAUAUGCUUAAGUUGGAAAUUGAAGAACAUGGUUUGAAAUGCUCAUCUGAAAUGGAGAACAUAGAAGAGGAGUCAGAAGCAAAAGAAGAACAACUGAAACUAAUGGACAGGGAGGCACAGGAGCUAUUAAUGGAGUCUGAAGAAAAGCUGAAGAGGACUUUGAUAGAGUGCACGGAGGAGACUCAAUUAUGUGCUCAGGAGCUCUAUUCGUUGAUCGAUAGUGUCUCUCAGUAUAAGGAGUUUAUGGGAUCUACAGUUGUUGGGAUCGGAGAGGAGAUCAGAGAGAUAGUUGAAGGAGUGAAACAGGCCUUUGAGGCUUCUUCCAGGAUUUGCAAUAGUUAGUGUUGGCGAAUUACUUCUGUUUGAUGUGAUGACAGCUUUGAAUUUGGUUGUGUUUAGUGGAAAAAUUUGCGUACGAUAGACAUAUGCAGCGCUGCGUAUGAUUUUGAGGUUAAAUCGAGGGUAUAAGGGGGUUAUAUUCGUGGUAUGACCCAUUGUAACCUUCAUGUAACAUUCUGUAACUUACUUAUAACCCACUAAUAAAUUCUUAAUAUAUGAUAACAAAAGCGCGAAACUUAUUUGUAGGUUGCAAGUAGGUUACACUAGGUUACAUGGAGGUGCAUGUAUAACCCCUUUAUACCCUCCGUAUAACCUCGAAAUCGUACGUAGCGCUGUGUACGUCUAUCGUACACAAAUUUUUUCUGUGUUUAGGAGUCUGUUUGGAUCAAAUUUUGUAACAUUUUUGCUGAGGGAGUCAGAUUGUGAUCCAAGCAAUUAAUUGUCUGUAUAAAUAGCUGAAAUUAUCA